UUCAAAGUAAGGCGGGAUUCAGAAAACAGCAAAAUGGCGGCACUGAGCUUAUCUGAUAAAGCUAGCUAUCUGACUAGCUCUGUUAGCGACUGAUUUUAAUCGCUGUUGUAAUGUGUUCAAAUUAAUAAAGUGUCUUAAACCGAGUGUAGAAUGGACUCUGAAACCGGAGACAAUAUCAAAUCAGACCAUGACGGUGCUGAAAGUUUAAAAUUUACACCACAAAGAGGCGGAACUUUGCUAGCAUCAAGAACAAGGACGCUCCAUUCAGGCUGCAAGAAAGUCAACUCCAGCUUUAAAUCUCCAGUUCCCAGCACACUGAAUAACAGUGUGUGUGUCGACGAGGAGAUCCGAGAACUACAGAAGACACUGCUGCAGCUGGAGUCCGACAUUACACUGUUAGAAAGCGAGGGUGUCCGUGUGCACGAGCUCGAUCUCCACAUUAACCUGCUGCACGAAUACAACGACAUCAAGGACAUCGCACAGACUCUUCUAGGCAGACUGGCCGGCCUGCGCAGUGUCACCACACGCGACUUGUACGCUCGGUUCGGCAUGGAGCUGGACGACUGAUCUGCUGAGCUGUGCUGUGGGAGGACGGACCACGGUGUUCCCACUGACGGACGAUUCCGGAGCAGAAAACAUUUCAUCGUUCUCACUUCCACCGUCUCACUCAGCGAGUUACUCGCAGGGUAUCUAAUACACCCUGCAGUUCAUCGUUUAUAUUACCUAUAACAGCACGUCCUUAAGUGUUAUAUAAGACUGCAAAAGUCUCUAUUUAAACUGUUAAAUAUAUAAGUAAAAUUGGAGAUAGUUGUAAUGAAUUACAGACCUUUUUGUUCACUUUAGUUUGACUCAAGUAAUAAAACCCAUCUGAACACUUGGCUUGUUGGAGAUACAUGAUGGGUGGGGAUGUGAAAUAUAUUUCACAACCAGUGGAAAACACUGAUAGUGUCAUCUAAUGAACUGAUAGCAGCCUGCAAUAAUCUCUCACCCUUAUCUGUAAAUGCUUUUAAGUAAAAGAUCAUUCACACUCA